AUGAGCAUCUCUGCCUUGCUUUCAAUGGGCCGGUGCUGCUGUCGCUGCUGCUGUCCGCGCGGGUUGUGGAUGUUGUCGGCUCCGUGUUGUGAUGACAGGAGAAUGUGUGUGUGUCCCGGGCCCAGACGAAUUGGAAUCCCCAUCAGGAGCUCCAGCCUGCCGCUGUUCUCUGAUGCCAUGCCAGCCCCGACCCAACUGUUUUUCCCUCUGAUCCGGAACUGCGAACUGAGCAGAAUCUAUGGCACUGCGUGUUACUGCCACCACAGACAUCUGUGCUGCUCGUCCCCGUACCUGGCGCAGAGCCGCCUGAGAUACGCGCCGCACCCGGCGUACGCUACCUUCUGCCGGCCCAAGGAGAGCUGGUGGCAGUACACGCAAGGAAGGAGAUACGCUUCCACGCCGCAGAAAUUUUACCUCACCCCUCCACAGGUCAACAGCAUCCUGAAAGCUAACGAAUACAGUUUCAAAGUGCCAGAAUUCGAUGGCAAAAACGUCAGCUCUGUCCUUGGGUUUGACAGCAAUCAGCUGCCUGCAAAUGCCCCUAUCGAGGACCGGAGAAGUGCAGCCACCUGCUUGCAGACCAGAGGGAUGCUUUUGGGGGUUUUCGACGGCCAUGCAGGCUGUGCUUGUUCCCAGGCGGUCAGUGAGAGACUCUUUUACUAUAUUGCCGUCUCUCUGUUACCCCAUGAGACUUUGCUAGAGAUUGAAAAUGCAGUAGAGAGCGGUCGGGCGCUGCUGCCCAUUCUCCAGUGGCACAAGCACCCCAAUGAUUACUUCAGCAAGGAGGCAUCCAAAUUGUAUUUCAACAGCUUGAGGACUUACUGGCAAGAACUUAUAGACCUCAACACCGGGGAGUCUACUGAUAUCGAUGUCAAAGAGGCUUUAAUUAACGCUUUUAAGAGGCUUGAUAAUGACAUCUCUUUGGAGGCUCAAGUUGGUGAUCCCAAUUCUUUCCUCAACUACCUGGUGCUUCGAGUGGCAUUUUCUGGGGCCACCGCUUGUGUGGCCCACGUAGAUGGUGUUGACCUUCAUGUGGCCAAUACCGGCGAUAGCAGAGCCAUGCUGGGUGUGCAGGAAGAGGAUGGCUCUUGGUCAGCAGUCACUCUCUCUAAUGACCACAAUGCUCAGAAUGAGAGAGAACUGGAACGGCUGAAAUUGGAACACCCAAAGAAUGAGGCCAAGAGUGUGGUGAAACAGGAUCGGCUGCUUGGCUUGCUGAUGCCUUUUAGGGCUUUUGGAGACGUAAAGUUCAAAUGGAGCAUUGACCUUCAAAAGAGAGUGAUAGAAUCAGGCCCAGACCAGUUGAAUGACAAUGAAUAUACCAAGUUUAUCCCUCCUAAUUAUUACACGCCUCCUUAUCUCACUGCUGAGCCAGAGGUAACUUACCACCGAUUAAGGCCACAGGAUAAGUUUCUAGUGUUGGCUACUGAUGGGCUGUGGGAGACGAUGCAUAGGCAGGAUGUGGUUAGGAUUGUGGGUGAGUACCUGACGGGCAUGCAUCACCAACAGCCAAUAGCUGUUGGCGGCUACAAGGUGACUCUAGGACAGAUGCAUGGCCUUUUAACAGAAAGGAGAGCCAAGAUGUCCUCAGUAUUCGAGGACCAGAACGCAGCAACCCAUCUCAUUCGUCACGCAGUGGGCAACAACGAGUUUGGCACUGUUGAUCACGAGCGCCUCUCCAAAAUGCUUAGUCUUCCUGAGGAGCUUGCUCGGAUGUACAGAGACGACAUUACAAUCAUUGUGGUUCAGUUCAAUUCUCAUGUUGUAGGGGCAUAUCAAAACCAAGAAUAGUGGGUGGAUCUUACCCUGGCCAUUCCCAAAUGAAAUAGAUUUCAAGAGCAGAUAGAAUUGUAAAAGAUACUAAGAUAAUAAACAUUUCCAGUGGGUCAUUCUAAGCAUUUACCCAUUUGAUAACUCUAGCUGGUCAAGUACUCCAAACUGACUUUGCAGCAGGGUGGCAGGAUCAGGGGAGUCUCCUUCUGCCUAGCUCGGACCUCACGGCACCUGCACUCGCGGCAAGUCAGUUCCUCGUUGCAAAUGUCUUGUGACAUUGGCUUCUUUUAUCCAUCUGAGAAAAUCAAGAUGACCUGGCAAGUAGGAUCUUGAAUGGGCCCAAUGCCAGGAUCUUGCUGGGCGUAUUCUCUUGGUAAAAGGGAAGAAACAUUACUGUUCAACCUGCAGACCCUUUUUGUCACUAAAAUUCCAAUGUACAUGAGAAUGUUUAUUUACUGCAUGAUUUCCUAGAUAGACAAUCUGUGCAUUAUUCAUAAAAAUUUAUUUUAGCCUGAAGUGGUUUUCAAACCCCGUACUUUAAGCCAUAAAUGACUGAGAACCAAGCAAUCUGAAUUUGUGUUUGUGAUUAUUUGACUGGAAUGCUUCUUAAAUGGAAAAACAAACUCUGCUCCCUUCCCCACCCCUGGUUACCUAACAUAAUCGAGAUAUUUUCUGCUUUGCCACACACUUGAAGAUGACAGUGUUUUUGGUUUCGUCCACUCUUAUAUUGAUGUUAAAAAAAGAUUUUUUUCGUUUGUAGUAAUGAAAUCAUUUCAUUUAGUGUGAAAUAAAAAGAUAAAAGAAGAGCCUGUUCAGUUCUUGUCAUUUGUAGCCACCAACACAGGCUUAUCUUGUAAUCCCCGAAGGUUUGACAUGCUGUGUGUGGUGGGUAAACUGCUGCCAGGAAAUCAUACUCCCCAUUCAGUAGUGAUAAGAAUGUUCCCCACUUUUGGAAUUUCAAGGCUGACAUAUAUAAAAUAAGUUUAAAUAUCAAAUUGGGGAGUAAGGUUUAAUAUUACUUUUGGGUGUUGAGGCCGGGGAGGGAGUUUUUGUUUUUCCCCAUGUAGACAUAGGUCUACGUUUAAGUAGUUAAAAUAUUUGGUUUAAAAAUGACUAAAUGCUUUAAACAUAUUGUAGCUUAUAAAUAGAAAUCUUAAGAUACAUACACAAGAAGUUUUAAAAGGUAACUGUUGUGCAUGCCUGAUGCUUAAUAGAUCCCUUAGUAGCAUCAAGUGUUGUUUGCAGCAGUCUCUGUAAUUAUAUGCAGUCCCUUCUAAUGCUGUAUCAAAGUAAAUGAAAAUAAAUAUAUUCAAAUUGGCUUUUUGGGAGCUUAUUUGAUAUGCAUCAAAUGGCAUUUGUCCUGUGUUUAAUGGUGAUCUGUGUACAGCUGUGCAUAUAUUUUCAUCACUUACUCUAGCCUCACUGUUAAGAGAAUGGCUAUGACUAUGUUUGAUAUUCACAUAGAUUUUAAGACAACACAUGAUCAGCUUUCCCUUGUACAAGUAGUUGAGGGGUUUUAGGAGUCUUUCCAAUUUCUGUAGAAUAUGAACUAGCUGUUCAAGGACUUCUUCUGGACUGUGGACACUAAAGGAAUGUAGAACUGACGGUAAAACUUGUUACCGCUGAAAAACAGAUUCAGGCAGCUUGUCGCUCA